AUGGCUACUGGGCAGAUUCAUCACCUGCAAACUUUGUCAAAUGAAGAUUGUUGGAAAUUAUUCACUGAACAUGCUUUUGGAAAUAAUGUUGACCUCAAUGACUACCAAGAUCUUCAAACUUUACUGUUGUCAUGGUGUAAGAAGCUUUCUCUAUUACCAAAGAACAUGGGAAGCUUAAUAAACUUGCGAUAUCUAGACAUUGAAGGUGUACCUUUGAAAGAGAUGCCACAACAAAUUAAUCAGAUGAAACACUUGCAAUUCUUAUCAAAUGUGGUUUUGAGUGAUAGGCACAUUAAUGGAGGAAUUAAAAUGAAAAGGGUAGCAGAGCUUGAACACCUACAUGGCAUUUUGGGACUGGAAAAUAUUAUUGAUGAUAUACUUGAUGCACUUCGACCCCAUACAAACUUGAAACAUCUUGAGAUUGACAAUUAUAGAGGUACAACAUUCUCACACUGGAUUAGAGACUUUGCAGUUUCUAAUUUAGUAUCAAUCAAGAUAAGCAAUUGUAAAAAUUGUUGUAUUUUACCACAUGUUGGACAACUAGCCUUUCUCAAAUCUCUCAUUACCGAUGGAUGUGAUAGAGUGAUCUCAAUAGGUGAUGAGAUUCAUCACAAAGGUCCUCAAUUCAGCUGUCUAGAAGUGUUAAGGAUUGAAAAUAUGUUGGUGUGGAAAGAUUGGUCAUUUAGUAAUGAAGCUAUGCAAGGUGGUAAAAUAUUCCCUCUUCUAAAAAGACUUGUACUGAUGAACUGUCCAAAGCUUAGUGUUGGUUUACCUGGUUAUCUUCCAUCCUUGGAACAUCUCAUAAUAUGUAAUUGUGAGCAAAUGGUGGUUCUGCUUCCUGAGAACACAACAGACCAUUACAUCCCCUCCCUCUAUUGCCACCAUUCGUAUAGAUAA